AUGGGCGCUGAUUUCGCACGAAAUACUAUCCCUCGCCUCGUCCAACCCGUGCUGAAAGCUUUGGUUGGGCUCGGUAUAGCCAGGACGCUCAAUAAAGCGCUCAACUCACUCGCCACCAACAACUGGCGCAUCUCUUCCUCGCCGCCAACCGGAUCAUGGGACUGGCCAAAGGAGAUUGCUGUUGUGACAGGUGGUUGCAGCGGGAUCGGUCUGGCAUUAGUGGAGGGACUUGCGGCCAAAGGCGUUAGAGUCGCGGUUCUGGACGUCAGUGAACCUUCACCAGCUCUCACAUCCAACCCCAAGGUUACCUACUUUAAGUGCGACGUCACCUCCCUACAGCAAGUAGUCGACACGGCCGACGCCGUACGCAAGAGUAUGGGCGGGAAUCCCACGAUCCUAAUCAACAACGCUGGUAUCGCACGCUUCAACUCAAUACUCGACAUUCCAGAGCAAUCCCUACGCCAGGUCCUCGGAGUUAACCUGCUGGCACUAUGGUUCACCACAAAACAGUUCUUGCCAGCAAUGAUCAAAGAGAACAAGGGGCACAUUGUAACCGUUGCGAGUCUGGCGAGCUUCAUCGCACUGCCGAUGAGCAUCGAGUACAGCGCCACCAAGGCCGGGGCGCUGGCUUUCCAUGAAGGCCUGACGUGUGAGAUCAAACACUUGCACAAGGCACGCGGUAUCAAAACGACUGUCGUGCACCCGAACUUUGUGCGCACGGCCAUGACGCUACCGCACGCGACAAGAAUUGAGAGAACACAGAAGAUGAUGUCUGUCCAAGACAUUUCCAAACCCGUAUUGGAACGCGUAUUUAGCGGGAGGGGUGGUCAGCUCGUGCUACCCGCGAGGUUGGAUAUUCUCACAGGAAUUAGGGGCUGGCCGAGCUGGAUGCAAGAGGGAUUGAGGGACGUAUUGGGGAGGGCAUCAUUUCGGUAG